AUGAAGGCAGGAUCUUCUGCAGUGCUACAGGGGUUGAAAAAACGAGCGGACCUCAAUGGAGAGAUCGUGGUUCUCAAGGAGUGGUUGCAGCAGAAGGAUCGCAGUGAUGCUGGACCAGCAGAGAUCAACGUGAAAGUGGAGAAUCUGCAGCCCAUCAAAAAGGCAAAGAGGCCAAGUACCUUGAGCUUCUUGGCGUGUUCGAAUGGUGAUGCGCGCCCAGCCAAGCAGGCGAACAGUGUAGCGGCGCCCAAGGAAAACAUGCGCAGUUUUUUCGAGCGGCAGUCUGCCCGGAAGGCGGCGCAGGCGCAGGCGGAGGCGCAGGCGGAGGACCCUAUCUUAGUGGAAGACGAGGAUGGCAGUCCCAUGCUCCGCCGCAAACGCAAAACGGCGCCGGCUUCGGCCGCGGGCUCCGGGGCUUCGGUUGGCGCGCCGUCGCCGUCGCCACAGUCGAGAUCAGCGGGGUCACCAAGCCCCAUGCGACGCAUACGAACCAAGAGUAGUGAAAAGACGGUGGAACAAAUCUACCAGAAAAAAACGCAGCUGGAACAUAUCCUGCUCAGACCUGACAGCUAUGUUGGCUCGGUGGAACGUCAGCACCAGGAGCAAUGGAUCCGUGACACAGACGGAUCGAUGGUCCUGAAGCAGCUGUCUUUCAUCCCAGCUUUGUACAAGAUCUUCGAUGAGAUUCUAGUGAAUGCAGCGGAUAACUUGAUCCGCGACCCUUCCAUGGAUACCAUCAAGAUCUCUAUCGAUCGAAAGAAGUGUCUCAUCUCCGUGUGGAACAAUGGUAAAGGUUUGCCAAUCGAAGUCCACAAGGAGCAUGGUUGCUAUGUGCCAGAGCUGGUCUUUGGCCAUUUGCUCACGAGCGAUAACUACAACGACUCAGAGAAGAAGGUGGUCGGUGGGCGGAAUGGAUACGGUGCAAAGCUCACCAAUAUCUACUCCAAGACCUUUGUGGUUGAGACCGUGGACUCGAGUUGCCAGAAGAGAUACCGGCAAGUCUGGCGCAACAACAUGACCAGUCGAGAUGAGCCUGAGAUCAGCAAAUGUCAAGGUCAAGACUACACCUCCGUCACCUUUGAACCCGACCUGCCGCGUUUCGGCAUGACGGCCUUGGAGGAUGAUAUCGUUUCAUUAAUGGAGCGUCGGGCGUGUGAUGUGGCUGCCUCCACACGGGGCAGAUGUCGAGUCUUUCUGAAUCAGAAGGAGUUGGAGGUGAAGUCCUUCGAGGAUUACGUGGGCCUCUUUUUGAAGAAAGACGAUUUUCGAAGAGCAGAGACAUACGGAGACCGAUGGCAGGUGGCAGUGUCUCGGAGACCACAUUUUGGCACGGCAAAAUUUAAGGAGAAGGUGGCCCUGACCAAUGGCAGUGGCUUUCGACAGGUGAGCUUCGUGAACUCGAUUUGCACCAGCCGCGGCGGCACACAUGUGAACUAUGUCACGGACCAGGUGGUGGCCCGCUUGAUGGAAGACUUGGGGCAGAAGGCUGAGAAGGCUGGAAAUCUUUCGGUGAAGCCGCAGCACGUGCGCAAUCAUUUGUGGCUCUUUGUGAAUUGCCUCAUCGAAAAUCCGGCUUUUGACUCGCAGACAAAGGAGACACUCACAACGAAGAAGGAACGCUUUGGGUCCCGCUGUGAAUUGUCGGAUGAGUUGUUGCAAGGCAUUGCAGAAAGUGGCCUCAUCGAGUCUCUGAAGGAGUGGUCCAUGGCCAUGGGCAAAAGUGAGUUGGCCCGGCAUUUGCCACUUGGAUACGUCAAAGGAACAAAAGUGACCUCGGCCUCCAGAAACGUUUGCCCCUCGGCAGUGAAAUUUCCGGAUCGGUUUGGCGUCCCAAAGUUGGAAGAUGCCAACAAGGCUAUGGCAGGUACCAAAGAGUCCCAGGACUGCACCCUGAUUGUGACAGAGGGUGAUUCUGCAAAAGCCUUGGCUGUGGCAGGACUUAGCAUUGUGGGUCGUGACCACUAUGGCGUGUUUCCUCUGCGUGGCAAGCUGCGCAACGUGCGCGAGCUGACGGUAAAGCAGAUGAUGGAGAACAAGGAGAUCGAAUCUCUGAUGAAAAUCAUGGCCUUUGACGCCUCCAAGGAAUAUGUGGACACCAAGGGCUUGCGCUAUGGCUCGCUGAUGAUCAUGGCAGACCAGGAUUUCGAUGGCUCGCACAUCAAGGGCCUGGUGAUCAAUUUCAUCGAGCAUUGGUUCCCUGGGCUGCUGCAUUGCGAGGGCUUCCUGCGGGAAUUCGUGACGCCCAUUGUGAAAUGUUCGCGUGGCUCAGAGGUCGUCAGUUUCUUCACUGUGCCCGAAUAUGAGGCUUGGAAGAAGAACAACGACGAUGGCCGCGGCUGGACGUGCAAGUAUUACAAAGGCUUGGGCACCAGCACCUCUGCGGAGGCUCGGGAAUAUUUUUCGGAACUGCAGCAGCACGAGUUGACCUUCUUGACCAAUGAAGCUGACCGCGCGUUAGUUGACAUGGCCUUUAACGGUAAGAAAGCCGACCAACGCAAAGAGUGGAUUUCGCGCUGCUCCGGUGAGGAGUACGUUGAUCACUCGCAGCCCACCCUGACGUUGGAUGACUUUGUGAACAAAGAACUGGUCCUCUGGGCCAAGUACGAUGUUGAACGGGCCAUUCCCAGCGUCGUUGAUGGCUUGAAGCCGGGGCAGAGGAAGGUGCUUUUUAGCGCCUUCUUGAAGAGGUUGACGCAGGAGAUGAAAGUGGCUCAAUUCUCGGGCUUCGUCGCAGAAAAGAGUGCUUACCACCAUGGCGAGGGGUCCUUGCAGCAAACCAUCAUCGGCAUGGCGCAAAACUUUGUGGGCAGUAACAAUGUGAAUCUUUUGACGCCUUCGGGGCAAUUUGGCACGCGCAUGGCAGGGGGCAAGGACCAUGCAGCACCGCGAUACAUCUUCACGAGGCUCUCUCCAACCACGCGCUUCCUUUUUCCAAGUGCUGAUGAUCCGGUGCUGACCUACCAGUCCGAAGAAGGCAUGAAGAUCGAACCCAAAUGGUACUGCCCGGUGAUUCCCAUGGUGCUUGUGAAUGGCGCUGAUGGUAUUGGGGUUGGUUGGAGCACCUUUGUUCUGAACUACAACCCUCGCGACAUCAUUCGCAACUGCCGCCGGCUCCUGAAAAAGGAAUCCUUGGAACCUAUGCUGCCAUGGUAUAGAGGCUUCCGGGGAAACAUUGCACAGAUGCCGGAGCAAGAGGGACGAUUUGAGACCGUGGGAGUGGUGCAGCAUCGUGGCUUGACCCGCUUGGAAAUCACCGAGCUACCUCUGCGAAGGUGGACCCAGGACUACAAAGAGUGGAUCUUGGAGCACAUGCAUGGGGACGACGGCAAGCGUGCCAUGAUCUCCGAGUUUCGGGAAUACCACACGGACAACACGGUGCAUUUCAGCCUCAGCAUGUUGCCCGACAAGGUGGCACAAGCCGAACAGAAGGGUUUGGAGAAGGCCCUGCAUUUGAAGUCUUCGAUGUCAUUGAACAACAUGUUCCUCUUCGAUUCCGACGGGAAGUUGAAGAAGUAUUCUUCGCCAGAGGAGAUUCUGAAGGAUUUUGCCAAGACCAGGCUCGAAGUGUACCAGCUGCGUAAGGACCACCUAAUCAGGGAGCUGGCCAAGGAAGCAGCGCUGAUGAGCGAAAAGGCUCGCUUCAUCCAGAUGGUGGCCGAAGGCCAGUUGAAGGUCGAAAGCCGGCCCACGAGAGAGGUCACUGAGGAGAUGCAGCGCUUGGGCUUCCGCACCACGCAGGACAUCGAUGCAGGCAAGGUGGAGAUCGCGGAACUGAAAUCCCCGCGGCGCCACAAGAAGCGACGAGUCAUCGACGUACAAGAUGAAGAUGUGGAUUUGUCUGGUAAAGAUGGCUAUGAGUACUUGCUGAAAAUGAAGCUUUGGACUUUGACCAAGGAGCGCGCCGAGAAGCUCAUGCAAGAAUUAGAGCAGCGUUUAACGAAGCUGAAGGAACUGCAGAAGAUGACCUUGGAAGAGAUGUGGGAGAACGACUUGCUGGCGCUGGAAUCGGCUUUGGACGCCUGGGAAGCGCAGGAGGCGAAGGAGCAGAAAGAGGCGGAGCGUCUCUCGAAGAAGCAAGGCCGAGAUUUCGAGGAUAACUCCGUGAACCAACAGUGUGUCUUGGUUCUGAGCAACAGUUUCUCACAGAUCAAGCGGAUCAGGACGGCACGCUUUCAGGGUGCACGCCGCGGUGGCAAGGGCAAGUUGAUUGCGAGGAAAGGUGCGGCAGAAGAGAAGGAAGAGGAGGACACGGAACUUCCAGAUGCCAUCAAUGCGGCCUUCGUUUGUCGAGAGUUUGAUGCGCUUCUUGCCUUCACCAAAGCGGGGCACGUCUUCAAACUUCAGGCUUUGGACGUACCACUCCAGCAGCACAAAGAUGUGUCCGUACCCAUCGAAGAGUUAGCCCCGGUACUUCCGAAGAAUGACGGCGUCACGGCAGUGAUCGCAGUCCCACAUGCCCUGAAGGACCAAGACAGCGAGUUCGCCAUCAUCGUCACGGCCAUGGGCUGGGCCAAGCGCGUGCCGCUGAGCGGCUUCCGAACCCUGAGGCCUGGCAAAUUGACCGUGGCGUGCCCCUUGAACGAGGACGAUGAGUUGCGCUGGGUGCACCGUGCCGGGCUGCAGGACCUCCUCGUGACGGUCUCGGAGAGUGGCGCGGCGCUCUGCUCUCAGGCCUCCAAUCUUCGGAGCAGCACCUUGAAAGCGAAAUGCAUGCCCUGGAUGAAACUUCGUGGCGAUUCCCUUGGCGGCAGCGGCAUUUGCCACCUCACCGCUGACGCUGCGGCCGAGCUGCCGACCGGCGCCGGCGCCGGCAAAAAGCAGCGGAUGUCGGGCUUCCAGCUGUGGAUCAAAGAGAACAAACUCGCUCCUUCUGCAGAAGUUGGGCAGAAGUGGCGAGAGCUGGCCAGCGAAGAGAAAGAGCAAUGGCAAGCCAAAGCCAAGGCCCUGUCGCUCUCGGGCCCCGCCACGGCCGCUGGCUCCGACGACGACUCGGACGAAAACCCGGUCGCCGCCGAUGCUUCCGAGGCGUCCGCACCGGUCGAAGCGGCCGCAGCACGUGGGGUGCUGCAGAGAAUUCAGCAGUUCAUGGGGAGAAGCAAGGACGCCGCCAGUGCUGCAGUGACUGCGGCACCUGAGUCGGAACCUGUCGAGGCUGUCGAGGCAGAGCAGGAGGAUGAAGGCAGUGGAGGAGAACCGUCGCCCACAUCUCCCAGCGGCAGCGGCAGCGGAGCAUGGCAGAAGCUCAUGGCUGCGCAGAGCGUUCUCAUCGUGACCCGUGGUGGCAUGGGCAAACGCCUCCCACUGAGUGAGCUGAAAUUGGUGCCACGCAAUCGCACAGGGCAGCAGGCCAUCAAGUUGGGCAAGCGCCCGAGUCAGGUUUGCGCCAUUUGCAUCACCGGUUCGCAGAGCUUGCCCAAGCUGCCCCGCAGACCCAAAGCACCGCAGGAGUUGUACCAGGAUUCCCUGCUACGUGAUGGUAAUGACUUGGAGUCAGCUACGCCCUUUGAGUCUCUGAGUGCCAAGCAACAGGGACAUUUUCAGCAGGAACAUGAAAGCGAGGAGUCGGCAUACCAGGAAGCUGUGAAGAAGAGGAAAAAGGUGGAGGAGGAACUCAAGGAGCAGCUGGGUCAGGUGCUACUGUGCAGUUCAGGUGGUGCCAUUCUACGGCUGCCGGUGUCGCAGGUGGAGCUCUGUAAGAAACGGGUCGCUGGCAGAUGCCUCAUGAAGGUCGACGCAGAGAUCGAUUCCGUGAUCUCUGCAGCACUGAUCUCAGCAGUGGAUGCCGAGAAGGAUGAUUUGACGACGCCACAUUCCGCAGAAUGUGAAGGGGAAGCGCCCGCAGCUGACGAUGGAGACGAGGACAUGGGUGAGUCGGGUUUUCAGUUCCUUGCGAAAGCCGGUGCCAAUCCGGAGUUGUGGCGUGCCAACUUUGCGAUGGUCGAAUGGCGUGGCUCGGACGAGGCAGAGAUGGACAUGAGACCUGAAGCGAUCGUAUCGCGGCUCUACCUCAAGGUGGAGUACGAAACCUUGCGUCGUUUGCCAAAGAACUCAGAGUAUUUGGUCUUCACCAUCCGUCCGUACAUGGAUCCGCUGCCCGCUUGGAGCAAGACGCCUCUGGCCUGUCGUAGCCUGGCACGGGAGAUCCGCAGAUUGCCAGAGGCUGUUCUGGACUACAAGGGCUUGGGCGAGCCUGCUGUGCGGUCAGCGACUUUAGCCUUCCUGGAUGCUGUGUGUGCAGCCAGUGGCGUGGAAAGCUGA